GUUUAUUUCAAAACAACAGUUCGCAGUUCCUGCGCUCGGUUCAUCAAAAAAACAUUGAAACGUAGACCGUUUAGAAGUUUGAGAACAUAAUUUUGCUGACUUGUGCUACUUCCAGGGAACAUGGACCCUCUGACAGAGAAAUUACUCGAAAGAGCUAGGGCAAGGCGAGAGAAUUUAGCCCGGAAGAUGGCUGAAUCUAACAUGUCUCCUCGAAAGACAACAGCUACCACGGCACCAUCUCGGGUGCCCCUGAGGGAAAAUCAGCUGCACAAUUUAGAACCAAGAGGUUCACCAGUGAAGGCGAGAAGCGAAGAGCUUGCACUAAAACCAGACACACCGGCAAUUCCUUCUGUCAAGAGCAGAUUACAUCGCUUGGCUGAACAAAGACAAGACUGGAAUGUUUCAAAUACAUGUGGAACAGAAGUGGAUAGUCCUAAGAAUGUACUCCCACCAAAACGACCAGACUUUGAGGAAGAGGAGGUAGCCCCAGCCCCUAAGGCACCUGUUUCACGUCGAUCCAGAUUCGCCGCUCUUGCUGCCAAUAUUAACAGUUGGGAAGAUGACACAAACCACCCUAGACACGAUUUUCCAAAGGAGAAGCCAGCCACUCGCAAAUGGCAACCGCCGAAGAGACAAGAGCCAGUUGAAGAACCUACUCCAGUCCCAGCCAAACGCUCUGCCCCCACCACCUUUUCCCAAACAAGCUCUGCUGAGAUAUCAGCCCCCUCUACACAGCCCUCUCCUCCAAAACGCACUAAAUACGAAGAGGAGAGCACGCUCCAAAGAGAGCCAAGCGGCAAAGGUAAGGCCCAAUUCAAAAGCAUUCCAUAUGACUGGCACUCCUCUACCAGGAGUGGCCAGAAAACUCACUCCACCUCCAUCACUAAGUGUCCAUCUAAGAUAGUGCAUGGUACUAGUAGUCAAGACACCUCAUCUAAAUUAUCAUCCUCCUCAUUCAAAACCGUAAUAACCGUGCAGUCCAGCAAGAACAGUCCCAUCAAGAGACCUAAAUCUCCCCUCUCUGGUCGCCUAUUUGUUGCAGUGGGCACCAGGAAACAGUCUUCAUCCUCUGACGAAUCAGACAGCUCCUCGGAACAGCCAGUGCCUGCUCCUCGAGCCGCCAAAACCGAUGGGCCAGCCGCUAAAAGUCCUGUGAAGACACACGUCACAACUGCCACACCAGUGAAACGCCCCAUACUGCAGUCCUGCACACCAGCGACCCCUAAAAUUGAAUCGCCCCGUAAGCAGGCGAGCAUUACAGUAUCCCCCAAGAAAGCUGUCACAAAAGUCGCAUCCUCCCCACUAAAACACAACUCCCCCAUCAAGAAAUCCCCUGUCAAACAGCAAGCUAUCAGGUCUUCACCUGUCAAACAGGUCAACAAUGCAAGAAACACUCCCCUUGCCAAGAGAGGGGCAACAUCACAGAAGUUUGCACAAGCGAGGGCGCUGCUGGAGCAGGGCUGUGGUGGGGGCGGGGCAGCAUCCAGGCAGAGUCCUGUCAAGACCACUCCGAGGGUUGGAGCCAUGGCUCAGCGAAUCCAGGAACGACUGAAGGCAGACCAGAGCAACUGGCAGAAAAAUGCUAUCAACAAGAAAGUACAGGAGGAAAGACAGAAAGAAAUGGCCCUCAUUAAAGCACGUUGGGAAGGACAAGUAGGAGGAAGUAGUGGAACAAAGGAAGAGGUCAAAUCCACACCAGUCCAAGAAGAGGAAGCCAUUGAUACUGAAGAGGAAGAGGAGAUGCCCCAAGACGUAGAGACGGAAGAAGAGAUGGAUACAGAGUCUUGUGCUGAUGCUGAUGUGAGUGAGUCUAACGCAGAGGACGACUACAACACUGAAGAAGAUGAGAUCAUUCCUACCCACACUGAAGGACAAUCUAAUCAAACUGGUAUUGUUCAAAUCACAAUGGAAAGAUCGGCUGCUCCCUCCAACGACCGUCUAGAUAUCAUUGAUGAUAAGACCACUCAGAAUGCUGACGAGAGUGAAGUCAACAUCAGUGAUGUCCUUGGAGACAUCGAUGAACUCAUCGUAGAGGCCGAGCAAGCUAUGAAGGAAGAAGAGAAGGCUAAGGCCGAGAAGAGACGAGAUGUUGAGGAACCUACGCAAGCUACAACAUCCAAGGCAGAUUUAUCUGGAUGGGAUUAUAACAUUGACAAUAUGGAGCCAAUUUAUGCAAACAUAUCAGAAGUUACCAACUCAGCCUCCUCGUCAUCACAGGAUGAGGGAAACCCUGUCCCUGCUCCUAGAACCAGACGCAGGAGCUCCAGUGUGGGCUCCGUCGAUUCCUGCAUCUCAACUGCAUCCUCCCUGGCCCCGAUCAGCCUUGAGAGCUACCGGUCCCAACAGCAACAGAAGACCCUGAGCCCGACCACCGUCACCCACCGCACCGUGACCAGGGAGACCGCCUCCAGGACGGUCAUCCGGGAACCUUCCUCGGCCUCGCGACCAAGGUCCUCGUCCACGUCAUCGGCGAUGUCGUCGGCCCCUUCAUCUAGGGGUAAUGACAGAAGGCAUCCCCAGCAGCAGGGUAGGCAUCAGAAUGAUCAGAAGAGAUUGGUGGCCAAGAAAAUGAGCACCAAGGAGAGGAUACAGAGGUUAAUGGAAGAGGUAUCAGCCCAACAGAGUAUCAUCCAUCAGACCAGCCAGGCAUUGGAACUCAUUGCUGCUACAGAGGAAUAUCACGGCACCAAGGAGGAGAUAGAGGCAGAGAGACUACUUGUCGUUACCACCCAGCGCCGCCAGGCCUGCCUGUCAGAGAUCCAGUACUUGAAGAACCCUGUAACCGUCCCUAAGACCAUCAUGACUGAAGAUGGAGAGGAGAUCGUACCGUGCAGGGGAUCAGUCACUAUCAAAGACAUCAGAUUACCACUCAAGACUCAGUACCUCAUGGCUUUAGACUCGGGCAGAGAUCAAAUUCACCACAGUUUCUUUGUGAUAGUGAGAUGUCAGGAGCAUGUGAUUGCCACUCAGAUCCUAUCUACUAGGGAGAUCAGUGGGGACUGUCUUCAUUUUACAAACCUAGUCUGCCUGAAUGAUCUUGGUAGUGAUUUCACCAUUGAGCUACUUGUGUAUGAAAUGAGAGGAAGAUGUGCUACCCUCGACGCAGUUCAGAGCAAGAAAGCCGCUACCAUGAAACACGGAUGGAGCCUCACUCCGAAGAAAUUCAAGGGAGCAUCCAAUUUCAGGCAAGGCGGCCGUUACCCACAAUCCCCCGGUCCAUCAGGCCAGAGUACAGUACGACAGAACAGCUUCGCCAUGGUGGGCUCCGCUAGGCUAAGCCUAGCCAGCUGUCAGCUCAAGAAAUGCACUCUCACAAAGGUUCCCUUCCUGUCACCCCUUGAGGGCGCCAUUCACCUGACCAUGUCGUGCCACACAGACAGCCAGACCCAUGCGGAGGGUUUCCUGACAAUGUUUGAUGACUGCAGCGGACUGGGUAUGUGGCACAGGAGAUGGUGCGUCCUGCACGGAGGAAACCUCUCGUUCUGGAAGUAUCCUGGUGAUGAAAAGAAGAAGCCACCCAUUGGUACGAUUGACCUGAAGUCGUGUAUCACGAGGGAAGUGAAGCUGAUUUCUAGAAUACACUGCGCCCGACCCAACACCUUUGAGCUCCAGACGAGCCGACCUUCUAGCAAGGCGGAUAGGGAUACCCUGGUCUCCAAAAACACCAACUCAUACACCGUCACAAAGCAUCUCCUAUCAGCAGACACCAAAGAAGAUCGGGUGGAAUGGACAACCUCCCUCAACAAGACUCUCCUGGAGCUGAGGUUGUGGUGCAAGGAUGCUGUCAGGCCAAGCCAUGAAUGAAAAACCCAAUCUCAUCACAGAUGACCUGGACAUGAGGUUGAGGUAGUGUUAUACCAAAGCUGUGAAUGAGGCCAGCCUAAGAUCUGUCAUUUAUCAUGAGCAUUUCAUUACAAAAGAAACAUUAGCCAAACACUUUAGACAAAAUAAUGAUGUAUAGCUCAUCACCGAAUAUCCAAAAUUCUCACAAUAGUUUUUUUUUACUAUGUACAAUGUAUGUUGUGUAAACGCUGUUUAUUUAUUGCAUUUGGGCUUUGACAUUUUUAUUUGAUGAUAUGCAGGGCAAGUUUAUUAAGUGGGUAGGAGCACCAUAAGGAAAGCUAUGUGUAGUAUGGAUUUUUGUUUUUCAUGUGGAACCUUAGUAUGACAAAUUAAAUGCAAGAACUCGACAAAGAGUGGAAAGGUACUCAACUCCCUAUUCAGGUAUUAAAAUGUAACAGCCAAGUAUUUCUAGUGCGUUUAUGACUUUUGGGGCCAAUUAUACUAGAAAACUAAUAAGGUCACAAGGACAUUUCUUCACAUCAUUGACAAAUUGAUUUUUCCAUGUAUUUUCCUGCUAUUGAUUAGCUAUAUUUUCAAGGUUAGUUUAGGUCUAGUAUAAUGAUCUUAUCUAUUCUUUCAUUUUUUUGAUGGAGGCAAGGCUAAUUUAUGUACAAAGUAUCUCCUGCGCUCAUGUAUCAUCAAAGCAGGUAUGUAAUGAAGCAGUAUUUAUUGGGUAUUCUUAUUAGUUGCUUUUCUUGCUUCUUUGAUUGAAAUUAGAUUACAUGAUAUUACUUGCCUUGUAGUAGCAAUCUAGUUGAGUAGAUGGUACGAACUGCUUUACUGGUAUUUAGAAAUUAUAUAUAUAUUGACAAUUGAUAUGGAGAUGUAUAAAACAAAAAGCAAAUGAUUCCUGUUUUAGCAAAUAGUGUUCUUAGCCCAAAUUCAAGGAUUAUUAUAGUGUAAGUAUUUAUCUAAGUUUGGUCCUGGCUUACGUUAGAUUCAGCAUAGACAGAAAUUCCUCGUCAGUUUAGGGUCAAUAGUUUGCUAGUAUUUGGAAAAUGUACUUAUGACAAAGGGAUUAUAAAUUUAAGUGAUUGGUGGGAGCUUAAAAUAUUUAUUAGAACCAACAUUUUAAUCAUUGUAUAUUCCUUUUACCUUCAAUUAGCGACUUGUGCUAUAUUUUACACAUACUACACAGGAAGAAUUAUACUGUGAACAUAGAAAAGCACCAAGAGCGCAGAUUUGUAAUUGAGAGCACCAUCUAGGAAUUGUUGUUAGGAUCACAGAAAAGGAUUAUUCAGUGGACAAUAGUGAGGUGUUGGUAUUAAGUGCGAAUCAGCCUGCUGACCUGGGGCCCGUUGCAGAAAGAGUUGCGUUUAAACGCAAGCCAAAAAAUCAAUUGCAAGUCCCAAAUGCACGCUUUUGAUUGGUUGAAAAUCAAGUUACGAAUGAUUUUUAGAGUUGCGUUGAUUGCAACUCUUUCUGCAACGGGCCCCUGAGCUCCAACACCAGCUGGAUGUAGAGAAACAUUGGGCACCAAUUGCAUUACUGAAAGCUUAUCACCACGAAAUGUCUACACCGACACCAGCUUUUCAAACACUGAUGCUGGUAUCACCCAGUACUUUGAAAGAUAAAGAUUUUAGUUUUUGGACUGGACCCUUUGGAAUGGUGCAAUAGGGAGGAGGCAGGAUGGAGUCUAGUUGGGUUUGAAACGGAAGUGAAGCUAGUUCCAAGUAUCAAUUUCAUGAACUUGUUAACAUGUAAUGUGUACAUUCUCUGUUAUUAAGUAUGAUUUUGUAAUUCAAUUCAAAUAAUUUUUGUUAAUAUUGUUUGUACAUAGGAAUAUAUAUUUUAAUCAAGUUUGUGUAUCUUUGGAUGAAAAGGAAAUGUGGGUAGGUUAGGGUGAUUAUGCGAUCGGGCUCAUCCUAUUGUACAUUUUGCGAGUGUGAAACAGGUGAAGAUGAGAUAUGUAACUGGAGAUGAAAUUAUUUGUGCUGUAAGAUAAUAAUUGAUAACAAGUGGAGUGCCUCUGGCAUACUCUACUGCAUUGUACCAUUCAAUGUGGCUGCAGUUUUUACUUUAAAAGCAACUUCAUGUAAUAUGAAUAAUUCUUCGAGAAACCAAAUUAAUUUCAUAAUAAAUUCCUGAUUUCCGAAUGCCUGUUUACCAUUAUAUCCAUGUUUAACAUACUGGAUGAUAAUUUCAAAAUCUUAACCUUGGUUACUUAUUUGAUGUUGACACUAAAUGAACUUGAUCAUGUGACCUGCAACUUAUGCUGCAUGAUCAGUGAUGUCCAAGUUUUAUGAGACAGGACCACUUAUUUCAAUGUUGUCAUUUCAAUGUUGUCGCCACCGUCUGAAAACCGGCCCAUUUAAAUCUUGCUCUGUUAUGCAGGCCAGACAAUAACCAGAGGAAAUAUUUGAUGUUUCAAUGUCAUUAAAUGCACAUUUCUGCUAUUUUGCAUUGCAUAAUGCAGUUAAGACUAGUCCAGAGGUGUUCCACUUGUGUGUUGAAUCAUUUACUAUCAAAUAUGUGACUUAAAUAUAUUACUCAUGAGCCCCCUUUUUAUGUGUUUUAUGAUGACUAAUGUGUAGCUCCAAAUAAUUUUUC